AUGGGCGAAUUUCAACGCAAACUAAAAGAAGGCGAAAUAUUACGCUAUAAAUCGAGUUUCUUGAGCAAGAAAUGGAAAGAAUGUUGGGCUAUGCUAUUCAGUGAUUCCGAAUUUGUUUGGUACGACAAAAAGGAUGAUUCGAAACCGGCAGGUUCAGUUUUCUUGAAAGAUGUGGUACCGUAUACAUGUGUUGGACCAAUGUGUGAUCGAAUGCCAGUACGUCGACCAGAGUUACCACAACGAUACUCGUUGUAUCACUUAGUGGGUAUUGGAAUGGAUGCGCAAGCAAGCAAAGUUCAUUGGUUCCUAUUCUCUUCUGAUUCCGAUCUUGAGUCAUGGUUUACGGAAAUCAUGAAAACCCUACCGAAACCGAAUCCUCCUCCAGCUGAUGCUCAACAGCUGCCAGCAAGUGGACCGAAUGCGCCACCACCUACUUAUAAUCCUCCUCCGGUGUAUCCGACUAGUCCACCUCAAAUGGCCAAUACGUAUCCUAGCCAACCGGCAUAUAAUCCAGCAACAAAUCCACCACAACCUCCAAUGUAUGCUUCAACCGUUCCAGGAUAUGGUGGUGCUGGUCCUGGUGGUGGUGGUACCACAGUUAUUAUUGCUGAUCGAAAUGGAAGAGGUUAUGGACAACCAUAUGGUGGUGGUGGUGGUGGUGGUGGUAGCAGUGGUCCUGGUCUUGGGACUGGCAUGUUAAUGGGCUCAUUGCUAGGCUUCGGCCUAGGCAGUAUGUGGGGUGGUGGUUUACAUUCUGGAUUUGGUUGGGGUGGUCACUGUUAUCCAUCUCAUUUAGGAAUGGGCAGUGGCUUUGGUGGAGGAUAUGUGCAGGAUAACGACACAUAUAUCACGAAUAACUACUAUAACGGUGAUCCGGGAGGUACAGUUGGUGAACAUAAUACAGGAUCAUCGACUGUCGUCGAUACAAUCGAUUCAACAAAUAACCAGGAUGUGGUACAAGAUUAUGAUGGCGGUUAUGACAUAGAUGGCGGGAAUCAAGAUGAUUACGGCGGUUACGAUGUAGGAGGUGAUUAUGAUGAUUCUGGUGGUUAUGAUUUAGGAGGUGGCGAUGAUUUUGGUGGUGGUGACUUCGGAGGAGGAGAUUGGUAA